AUGACUUACUGGACCAAGAUCUGGCGAUGGACUUCCAGUCCUAGCACCCUCCCACUUCGUAUGGACAAAUGGCUGCUUUCGCUACCGGCUGGAUGGAAGAUAUCAUUCGGUGUUUGGAUAAGAUACACAGUGGACAGCCCAGGAGCGCCGCCCUCUAUGGCUCUGAACGGUGAAGGGACACAAUACAAACACCCACCUAUAGAUGAGACUCAAGGAGACAUCCGUCUGCUCAAGCUUCAUCCUGGAAAUCCUGGCGACACGAUAAGCACAUCUUUGGUCACAUCGCAUCUGAGUAACGGCCCUUUCUUCGAAGCAAUAUCCUACGUCUGGGGCAACUAUAGUGAUCGAGCCCAAAUAUUAGUUGACGGCCAGCUCUACUGUAUUAGCAAGAGUUUACACGACGCUCUUCACGAUUUGAGACAUCCAGAUUCAGUAAGGACUUUCUGGGCGGACCAGGUGUGUAUCGACCAAAGUGCCGAAAGUAUGGCCGAAAGGAGUGAUCAGGUUGGGAAGAUGGGGCAAAUUUAUAAAACUGCAAGUAAUGUUGUUGUGUACCUGGGCAGAGGCACAGAACAUACCGAGACGGAUAUGCAGCACUUGCAAUCUUUUAUACAACCAUACGCCCGAGGAGAAGAAGCCCCGUGGUCCCAUAUCCCGAUACCCGAUUUAGGCCGAAGUAUCAACAAUAUCCUUACCAGUCCUUGGUUCGAACGCAUGUGGACAGUUCAGGAGGCAGUAUUAGCCAAAAAGACUACGUUACAGUGCGGCAACUACCAAGUUCAGUGGACUUGUGACCUGCGAACAUUACGAGCUUUAGUGUUCCGAAUCAAGUCAGCGGUUAUAUCACCGGUUUACCAUUUACAUGGCACUGCUAAAGUCGAUUGGACCCCUUUACUUUACAUCCUCGAAUCACAGAUGAGGCAGGCUGCGCGGAGGGAAGGCGUUGUUCUGCAGCGAAAUCUACUCGACGUAGCCUUCGACUACCGAUAUCGAAAAUGUGUUCAGCCCCGUGACAGGUACUUUGCAGUUCUUGGCAUAAUAGAGGAUGAUCGGGGAGGUUCGAUGUGUUUCGAGCCCGACUAUAGUAUAAGCGUGGAAGAAGUGCAUCGACAAUUCACCGCCGAGAUCCAGCGCAUCAGCGAGAUAGAGGAUGCUCCACUUGAAGAGUUUCGGGCUGUUGACCCAAGCUCUCUUCCUAAAUGCCUGGGGGUGGACCCAAGCCCUUUUCCACGCCUGGGGGAACCAUGGAUUGGAAGUUUUACACCAAUAUUCAUGAGUGCCAUAAACGAUACUGGUUGA